AUCUGAGCAUCAAUAUUUAUAGAAGACCAUCAUCCAUUUGUCCAACCAACACCGGGACGAUGGAGGAGGACAAAAGGAGAAUGGAGGAAGGGAAGGUACGAUGGCUGGAUGAUGAGGAAAUAUAAGUACUUAUGUCCAUAUGUGUUGUAUGUGUGUUGUGUUUCGGUGUGUGCAGCAACUCUCAGGGAGUGACCCUGACAAUGCGCAGAUUCCCCUGCCGUCGGGGGGAGAGGUACACACACACACAGACAUGGAUGGCAAGGAGGAGCCACACACCCAAACCGGCAGACACACACACAGACAGACAGACAGACAGGCAGGCAAUGCUGCAUUGACUGUCUGUCUGUCUGUCUGUGUGCCUGUUGUCAAUCAACUCGCCCAUCCAUCAUAUCCAUCCAUGUGUCACAUCAUAUCAGUCCGCUGUGGGCGAGCGGGGAGAGAGGCUUCUGGCCGAGGUGCUGUGUUCCUUUGCCGACUGGGCCGUCAAAGCUGCUCAGUCAGUCGCAGAAAGAACCGGUAGGUGCUUAUCCGAUUGUGAGUGUGUCUUGUGCCUGCAUCUCCUGUCGUGUGUGGGUCUGUCUGUCUGUCUGCCUGUGUGUGUGUAGGUCGAUUGCCGUACUUUCCGUGAGCGAGCACAAAUGAAUGACACACAUGACACAGACAGGGGGAGAGCAGAGGAUGUGUCAUGUGUGCGUGUGUGGAUGGAUGCACAGGCCCGGUAUGGGUGUGCCGAUGCCUCCAGUCGCCUCGCGCAACAGGGGCGUUGCUGGGUCAGGUCAGUCAGUCAGACACACAGACGGACGGGUGGAGAGGAAGGGUUAAUGAAUGGUGUCUGUCUGUCUGUCUGUGUGUCUGUUGGCUGACACGUAUGUAUGUGUGUCAACCAAACAGGGUUACCGGCGCCAUCGUCGGCGGUGCAUGAGGGGCAAAGGCGCAAAAUGACGUACGUACACUGAGUGAGUGAGGCGGAGGGAGGAAAACCUACACCUGAACGAUCCGCGUGUGUGUGUGUGUGAUCACUCACUCACUCGCAGCGAUCCCAACAAGCCCAAGAAGCCGCUGACGAGCUUCUUCAUCUGGUGUAAGCGCCGCUGGACCCACAUGUGUGUACUUCACUUGCACGUCUCGUCUGUGCUUGGCUUCCCUGGCAUGGGUCUGUGUCUGUGUCUGUCUGCAGGUGAAGAAAUGCGGCGGCACAGCCAGAAGUCGCUCAAGAGCAAAGGUAGGUGGGUCGGGUGAGGUGAGCGGCCUGGCCAUCGAUCGUAUGGCUGACCGACCAUACACACGCAUCGCAUCGCAUCGCAUCCAUGUGUGUGUAUUAAUGUAUGGUGUUUGUUCGUGUGUCUCCCUCCCUCUGGUAUCAGAGUUAGCUCGCAUCUGGUCGGCCAUGUCGGACCACGAGAAGGCCCCGUGGGAGGAGAAAAGCAGACAGGCAAGCCAAGCCAGCCCAACGUGAUCGAUGCGAUGCGAUGUGAUGCGAUGCACACACAGAGGCGCACACACAUGACUGACUGGCUGACUAACUGACUGACUGACUGCCGUAUGUAUGGAUAACUAGCUAACUAACGAGUGAUUGUGUGUGUGACGUGCAGAUGAAGGACCAGUACGACAGGUCACCAGCUGACCAACAGCAAACGAACCACUGACUGCCGCCAUUGAUUGAUUGAUUGAUGUGUUGUCAUAUAUGUGUUGUCUGUCUGUCUGUCUGUGUUGCCAGGAAUAUGGCACUCUAUCGGCAAGGUAAACAAACACACACACACACACAGACCCCCGCACGCAUAAGACGGAAGAAUGCAUCCAAUCUUUUGUCUGUGUGUCUGUCUGUCUGUGUGUCUGUGGUUGGGUGGUUGUGUGGUAUCUAUCCCAGCAGGUCUGUAUACGGGCCCAACACGUGGCGGCGCUGGUCCAGCAGCAGCAGCAGCAUCCAGUGGCCCAGGGAUGCCCUCAGGUGACCUAUGCGAUGCGAUGCCAUCUGCACCUCAUGGAUGAAAUGGAUGGGAUGGAUGAGUGUGUAUGCGUAUGCCUGUGUAUGUGUAUAUGUGUGUGUGUGUGUGUGUGUGUGCAGUGUAUCCGUCCAUCAAGCAAGAGCCGAUGGACGAGGUAGGUGAGACACACAGACAGACAGAGACACACAGGCGUAACUGUCUGUGCCUGUGUGUGUGUGUGUUCUGUAUUGCAUGUGUAGGAUGAGGAUGAGCUCGAAGAUGAAGAUGACUACGAGUAAGACGUCGAUAGAUCGUGUGGGUGCAUGUUUCUAUGUGUCACUCACUCAUCGAUGGAUGGAUGGAUGGGUUGCAGUGACGAAGGCACACAGGACAACAGGGACAGGGGCGACAAGAAAAGACCAAUUGCCGGUAGGCAGGUGCCCUUCUUGCACCACACACGGUGGGUGCGCAAGGCCACAUAUGAGUAUGCGAGCAUGUGUGUGGUCAGAGCCUGCGGGUGGUGGUGAAGAGGACGAAGACCGGAAGCGCCCGAGACACGAACAGAAGGACAAGGACGGAUAAGCUGUAUGCCUCCCUGCCUGCCUGCCUGCAUGUGUCAGUAUUGCUGCAAUGUGUGUAUGUAAUGAACCCGAGUGACAGACAGACAGAGCUGGUGUCAUGCUGCUGGGGCCCUCGGCGCAUUUUGUUCAGUAUUUAUAGUAAGGCCUCAAUGAAUCACAGUUCGC